GUACAGACGGUUGGCCUGGAGUGGUGGGAUGUGGCCCCUUUAACUGCGGGGGGCGUGGUUACACGGUGCCCCUUUCAGGGUUGGUGUCCCAACGUCGCCGCUCUCACAGCCCCAUUCAUUCAUCAGUUUUGACCGAGCGCCUGGCCUGCCAGACCUGCCCCAAGGCCCGGCCUGACUUGCUCCCGGGGGCCCACUGACUCACUCUAGGGGGGCCCAUCUGACGUUCCCGGGGUCCGGCCUGACUCGCUUCCGGGGGUCCGCUGACUCGAUCCCGGGGCCCGGCCUGACUUGCCUCCGGGGGCCCACUGACUCACUCUAGGGGGGCCCACCUGACUCGCUCCUGGGGGGCUCGGCCUGACUUGCUGCAGGGGACCCGCUGACGCUCCCGGGGUCUGGCCUGACUCGCUCCAGGGGGCUGGCUUGAUUCGCUCCCUGGGGCCGAGUGCAGUGGCUCCGGGAGCCUGACUCCCGGCUCGCGUAUCCAGUGAACCCCUCGAGGCGAGCUGCCCUUACCCUGUGAGCGGCCGCGCAGGAAAGUGGUUGGGAAGAGGCAGGGUCCCGGUGGAGGAGUCACACCCCCCCUCCGAAAGAUGCGUCGGCCCGAGAGGGACAGCGGCGUCCCAAGUCUGGGCUACCUAGUUUGCGCCCUGCUGGGAUACAGUUGUCCUGCCGAGGGCACGACCCACAAGGGGCGGAAGGGCGGGGCAGCACGUGCAAAUCUUUAGGCGAGGGGCGGAACGACCCCUAGGUAAGGGCGGAGCCAGCCCAGUGACAAAACCUAGGGUAGGCGGGGUUAUACACGCGGAGCGUAGCGGAGGGCAGCCCAAAAGGGCGUGGCCGCACCUGUAAACCUCCUGGACCCGCGAUAGGGCGGGUCCGGGUCCCCGAGGGCGUCGGUCUCCCUGCGGGCGGUGCCCACCGAGCCUGUAAGCCCUUUGGACCGAGGAGGGCCACACACAUGCAUGGGCCGCUCAGGGGCGGUCAGGCUCCCCGAGGACAGCGUGCGCACGGAGCCGCCCGCCAGGCCAGUGACCGGAGGCCCCGCGAGCGCGCGUGCUAGGCUCCUAGGGCGGCGGGAACGGGGCGCGGCCGGUGACUUCCCGGCGAGGCUUCCCCCGCACCCCGCUCCCAUGGCGGCGGCCCCCGCAGCCGAGCCCGCGGCGCCGCCGGCCUGCCGCUUCUUCCUGGAGGGCCGCUGCCGCUUCGGCGCCCGCUGCCGCCAGCCCCACCCGGGGGCGCCGGCGCCAACUCGCCGCGGGGCCGAGGCCGGGGCCGAGGCCGAGGCCAAGAAGCCGCCGCUGCGCACGGCCGCGGCCGUCAUCCAGCGUAUCCGCUGGGACCCGCGCCUCGACCCGGCCGACUUCUCGGUGGGCUACGCCGACCGCUUCCUGGGCGUGCGCGAGGAGCCUUUCGGCGCCUUCUGCUGGGACGAGCCGCUGGCGGCGCUCGGGCCCGGCGUCCUGGCCGUGCCGCAGCACCGGGUGCGCUACUUCCGCUUCCGCGGCCGCAUCGUGUGGGACCGCGCCUCGCGCACCGACCUCGUCUUCGGCUCGGGCUCGGCGGCUGGCCGCGGGCCCACCUUCCUGGACGCGCUGGGCGGCGGGGGCGCGCACGACGGAGGUGAGGCCACACACGACGGCGGCGAGGACGCGCACGACGGGGAAGGCGCCCAUGGCGGCGGGGGCGCGCACAGAGGGGUGGCUGCCGUUCCCGCUGAUAACGGAACCGGGCUGGAGGCCGGGGAGCGGCGCAGGGCCGAAGGCCAGGCUUCCCCGUGGACAGAGCUUGAAAGGGUGUUGAAGCCGGCCGCCACACAGUGGAGCGGCACAGGCGGCCCCGGGAUAACCCCCGCAGGAGGUUUUCCUGAGACGGAAGCAGAGUAGGGUCCGGGUGCCUGGCCCUGGGAAGGCAGAGGGGCCGCUGGAGCCAGGGCCGCGGCGCCUCGCCAACCCCGCCCCACGCAUUUUGUGGCUGUCAUGGUGACUGAUCCCGCGCUGCAGGUGGGGGCGGCCAAGGCCCAGGAAGAGCUGGUUCGAGCCGCACCCUCGUGUGCUGCGUUCAUGGUACCCGCGGGGGCCCUACACCUGACACUAGCCCUCUUGAGGCUGACAGGCCCUGGGGAGGUAGCCGCCGCAGUCGGUGCACUAAGACGCGCGCUCUUGGCCCCAGGAAUUCAGGCACCCCUGCAGCUGAGCUUUAGGAGCCUGCUUCUCCUGGGACAGCAUGUGCUCUGCCCCCCCUCCCCCUCCCCGGAAGAUAUGGCCCAAGUGCUGAGAGAGAGGCUGGAAGCCGAGGGGCUCAAGAGUAGUACAGCCCCUGGGGGGCUACACCCCCACCUCACCCGAGCCAAGGUGCCCCACGGAUCUCAAGUCGGCCUCCCCCACCCUGGGUUCAGCCCCAGGCAGGAGCUGGGGAGCCAGCCCCUAGGGGAAGUCUGGCUGUGCCGCAUAGGCAGGGCAGGGGACACCUACCAGCCCCUGGCUGAGCUGCCCCUGGGAUGACAGUCCCCUCAGACCUCUGCAGGAGACCGCUCUCAACCCCAAAGAACCUGGGAAGACCCAGGCCAAGCAGGAAGGGACAAAGUGCUCUCUCUCUCUCUCUCUCUCUCUCUCUUUAAUUUUGGUUUCUCUCAAGCUUCCAAAUGGUGCUCAGUGAUCCAAGGAAAGAAUGAAGGAAGGAGAAGGGAGGGGAGAGGGAAGGGAGGGAAGCAGAGGAGGAACAUCUGGAAAAAAAGCAGCCUGACAGUCCAGCUGUUUGCAAACUCAUCGCACAUCCUCCAGUUACAUGGCAGAAGGGGGGGGGGCAAAAAGAAAAAGGGGAGGAAGAAAAAUAACUUAAAUAAACACACACAAAAAGAAAA